AUGAAGAAAGUAAUGCAGCUCCUUGGUGUAAAGAAAUUGCGGACCUCGCCGUACCAUCCCCAAACCGAUGGACAAGUAGAGCGAUUUAAUCGCACCUUAAAGGGGAUCCUGACAUCAUAUGUUAACGACGACCACAACAAUUGGGACAUUCAUCUACAACCAGCGUUGUUCGCCUAUCGGACGAGCAUACACAGAUCAUCGGGCGUUUCACCUUUCAAAGCUGUCUAUGGUCGUGAAGCUGUCUCUCCAUUAACACUGAUUGAUGGAGAAAAUAUGUCAACCAGAGGCUUAUCAGGAAACUAUUGUGACGAGCUCGAGCAGACCUUACGUAAGGUGCACAAACAUGUUGCGAAUAACAUCAGCCUAGCCCAGAAGAGACAAAAGGAAGACUAUGAAAAAGCGACUAAAGUCGAGAGCACACAGCUUAAGCCGGGAGAUCGGGUGUGGCUAAAUAGUAAAGCGAUACCGAAGGGGAAAAGUCGUAAGUUUCACCAAGAGUGGACAGGACCGUACGAGGUACUUCGCCAACUCGGUCGCGUCAAUUACCACAUCAAGCCGGAAGUGGGAAAAGCAAAGACGAAAGUGGUACAUCAGAACCGUUUGAAGAGGUUAGAGAGUCGUUCGAAUUCAGAACUACCCAAGAUCAAUGAGCUCAAUGACCCGGUGAUAACUCAUCAUGAGGAAGAACAGUUAACUGUACCGCAAGAGACACCAACUACUGUUAGAGGGCUGCGCCGUUCGACUCGUUUACGUCGACAGCCGGAUCGGUAUCAAGACUUUACUUUAGAAGAUGUCGAGAUCGAGGACGCCCUCUUUUAA